AUGCCUUCAUUACCAGAUAUGCAGAGCCUUCUGGUUUCAUUACAGGUUAACAAUGGGACCAGUAAUUAUCUUAAAGGUGAAAAUAUUCCGGAACAAAUUUAUUCACAAAAUGAGGAGGUGGCAGCUUUUUGGCAAGAACUCAUUAAACUACGAUCCACAUUUCCAUAUAGUGACCACUCCACAAAUCCAGGUUAUGUUUUGAGUCCUGUUAUGCUUCAUCGUGAUAUGAAUGGAGAAAAUGCUAGUGUGAAGGUCUCCAUAGAGAUUGAAGAGUUUCAGGAACCAGUCACAUUCACCUGUGAUGUGAGCUCCCAUGUAGAGCUUAUCAUAAUGCAAGCUUUGUGCUGGGCACAUGAUGACUUAAACAAGGUUGACAUUGGCAACUACAUACUGAAAGUCUGUGGACAAGAGGAAGUAUUACAGAAUAAACAUUGCUUAGGAAGUCACGAAUACAUUCAGAAUUGUCGCAAGUGUGAUGCUGAGAUCAAGCUACAAUUAUUAAACCGCAGUACAAUGUCCAGAGCUAUGUCCCGCAUGGCAGAAGAUGAUGAAACACCUACAGAUCUUGAGAAGUAUCUUUGCCAGGUUGAAAAGCCUUUCAAAGAGGUUAUUACAAGGCAAUCUCUUGAUGAGCUUCUGGAAGUAUAUCAUACUCGUACAAAAGCGUGUCUUCAGAGAGAAGGAAAACAAUACAAAAUGGUGGAACAGAUUAUCCAAUCUGUAAAGGAUAUUUGCAGUGCACUGGACGGUGCAGAGACCAAGGCUGUCACUGAUGCUGUAAAGAAAUUAAAACGUGCUGUUAAUCUACCAAAAAGUAAAACUGUUGAGGUCAAAUCAAAAGAUAACAUUGAUUCAUCUGAUGGUGCAAAGAAUGGGUCUUCUCUUGCAGUAAGUCCUGUGAAUGCAAGCAUCCAUGCCCUAACAGUUGCUCUCUACGAUCUGCUACAACUGUACCUGAGUUCUUUUAGCAGAAACACAAAUGCAACUGGGAGUCUGCCACAAAAUACAAAAUGUACAAAGGAAGCACGGACCACGACAGAACACCUGCAGUUCACACUAUUUGCAGCUCAUAGAAUUCCAGGAGCAUGGGUCAGCAGUUUUGAGAAGUACUUUCUAAUGUGUUCAUUGACACACAAUGGAAAAGAUAUUUUUAAACCUGUGCAAUCUAAGAAAGUUGGGACGUAUCGCAGCUUUUUCUAUCACAUCAAGUGGGAUGAACUAAUCAGCUUCCCUGUCCAGAUUGCACAAUUGCCUCUUGAAUCAGUGCUGAGUCUUAGCUUGUAUGGAGUUCUAAAUCCCUCAGCAGCUGGAUCGCCAGAUUCGAACAAACAGCGGAAGGGACCCGAGUACCUUGGUCGAGUUUCCAUGCCUCUCUUUGACUUUAAGCGGGUGCUGACAAGUGGAACAAAACUGCUUGGUCUGUGUACAUCUAUCCUGGUGAAUCCAAGUGGGACGACCAAUAAGAAAGGGAAUUCGAUGGAGAGAAUUCCAUUACAAGUGGACUUUCCAUCAUUCACCUUUGAUAUUGUCUACUGUUCUCCACAACCCAGCCGAGUGGUUGAGCUUGAUUUUGAAACACUCGAUCAAAGUUUCCAGAAACAGCUUCUUGAGAUGUUUGCCAAAGAUUUGACAUAUGAACUUUCCAAGGCAGAUAAAGAACUUUUAUGGGAUAUGAGACAGUAUUGUUUUUCCCAUAGUAACAGCCUUCCGAAGUUACUUGCUAGUGCAAGUUGGGACUGGGAUACUCUACCAGAAAUCUACUCUCUGCUCCAUCAGUGGACACCACUUUCACCUGUCGCUGCCCUGGAACUACUGGAUUCUAAGUUUGCAGAUCAGGAAGUACGAAACACAGCAGUGAACUGGAUUGAAGCAAUGAGUGAUGAUGAACUGGUUGAUUAUCUUCCUCAAUUUGUAGAGGCUGUGAAGCAUGAAUGUUAUUUAGACAAUGCAUUAGUGAAAUUCCUUUUGUCUCGAGCUUUGGGAAAUGUUGCUGUAGCACACCACUUAUACUGGUUAUUGAAAGAUGCACUACAUGAUCCAUGUUUUGGAAUGCGCUAUGAACUUCUUUUAGGAGGCCUGCUAUAUGUAUGUGGAAAAGGCUUGAGAGAGGAGUUUGAGAAACAGACCAGGCUGGUACGGAAACUGGGAGUGGUAGCAGAAAAAGUGCGCCAAGCUAAUGGAUCAACAAGGCAGAUCGUCCUUCAGGAAGGAAUGGAUCGGGUCCAGUCAUUCUUCAAAAAUAAAUGUCGCCUGCCCCUUAAUCCUAGCCUGGUGGCAAAAGAAUUGAAUGUUAAGGCUUGUUCCUUCUUCAGUUCCAAUGCAGUUCCACUAAAGGUAACGCUGGUGAAUGCUGACCCCCUGGGAGAUGAAAUCAAUAUUAUGUUUAAGGUUGGAGUUCAAAAUAUUUCUCCAUCCAAUUUCACAGCGCGUUUGGUUUUGGAAACAUAA